GCUUCCUUUCUUAGCUGGAUAUAUAUAUAUAUAUAAAUUUAUUUUCUUUUAAUUUUCUGUUACUUUGUUUUGAAAUCUGUUCGAUUCCUCUGUAGGGUGGUUUGGUUGGUUGCUGCAAAUUCAUCUUUGGAUCUGUGGCAGCUAAACCAAGCUUUAAAGGUUAAUUUGCAGACUUGGGCUGAAAGAGGAAGAAUUUGGUCUGGGAAUCCGUUUUUUAUUUUUAGAAUUAUUAUUAAAGAUAGCUUUACUUUGUUUGACUAAAGAUUGAAUUGUGGGUGACCUGGUUGGGAUUUUGCAUGAGUGAAUUUUUGGGAAUUGGGAAAUAGAUUUUGGUAGAGGUUGGGAAAUUGAUAAGGAGAGAUGGAGAGGAUUUUGGCAGUGGUGGAUAUGGAGAAUCAAGUCGGAGGGCAGUCGUUACUCAGUACCAUCAAGAUUGCAGUACUGCCCAUAGCAAAGGUUUUUACAGUAUGUUCUUUGGGUCUUCUUAUGGCUUCCAAGUAUGUUAACAUCUUGCCGGCAAAUGGAAGGAAGCUCUUGAAUGGGCUCGUUUUCUCGCUUUUGCUUCCAUGUUUGAUAUUCUCUCAACUCGGACAAGCGAUCACUUGGGAGAAAAUGCUCGAGUGGUGGUUUAUUCCUGCGAAUGUAUUUCUUGGUAGCAUAUCAGGCUCAAUCAUAGGUUAUAUAACCGCAUCCAUCGUCCGUCCACCAUACCCAUACUUCAAGUUCACAAUUGUACAAAUUGGAAUUGGAAAUAUUGGGAAUGUGCCGCUUGUUCUGAUUGCAGCUUUAUGUAGAGACCCAUCCAACCCUUUUGGUGACUCGACAACAUGUAGCACAAAUGGGACUGCCUAUAUUUCGUUUGGCCAGUGGGUUGGUGCAAUCAUCCUUUACACAUAUGUAUUUAAUAUGUUGGCCCCCCCUCCGGAGGGCACCUUUGACAUUGAUGAGGAAACUCUCCCAAUCAAGAGCCCUAGUGAUGGAGAGACACUUGGACAAGUUCCUUUGCUUACACAUGAAGACCAUGAAGACCAAGAAGAAGAGGAAGAGCAAAAAAAUGUAGAGCAAGUUGUAGAAGUCAACUCAAAUUCUUCAGAGAAAUCCAAGAUUACAGAAUUGUUGAUGUUUUUCUAUGAGAAAUUGAAGCUCAAACAACUUCUUCACCCCCCUAUAAUAGCUUCUGUCCUAGCCAUGGUACUUGGAGCAAUACCAUUUUUAAAGAAACAGAUCUUCGAAUCUGAUGGUCCAUUUUUCUUCUUCACUGACAGCUGCACUAUCCUUGGGGACGCCAUGAUUCCAUGCAUUCUUUUGGCAUUAGGCGGCAACCUUAUCAAUGGCCCAGGAAGUUCCAAACUUGGUCUACGAACAACUGCUGCUAUUAUAUUUUCACGGUUGGUCUUGGUCCCCCCGGUAGGACUUGGGAUUGUAACAUUGGCCGAUAAGCUCGGUUUCCUCCCUGAUGGUGAUAAGUUGUUUCGUUUUGUCCUACUGCUCCAGCACACAAUGCCAACAUCUGUUCUUGCUGGUGCUGUUGCAAAUUUAAGAGGCUGUGGAAGAGAGGCUGCUGCUGUCUUGUUCUGGGUUCAUAUAUUUGCGGUGUUCUCCAUGGCUGGGUGGAUUGUUCUGUACCUCAACAUACUCUUCUAAAAACAUCCGAAAUUGGAAGUGGUCGCUGGCGCCACACUUACUCAUCUCUCUCUGCCUUCGGCUAUUAAAUUUUUUGGCAUAUCAAUAUAUAUAGCUAAUGGUACAAGUUAAGCUUGGAAAUUCAUUCUUGUAAUGGAAAAGAGGUGUCAACCUGUUUCACCGUGAACUGAGAGGAGCACCGGUGAAUGGUGUCUGUGGACAGCUAGCCUUUUCGUCCAAAAUAUUUAGGUCUGUAGAAGGUCCAGUUGUCUUCUUCAUUAGGAGGUGCCUGUAAAUGUUUACGUUCUCCAAGUAUUAACGGGGUGUUAGUGUUAUUGCUAGCUACAUUACGCCCUACCUAGUUGUAAAGUGGAAUUAAUUAUUUAUUGUUCAAUCGGAGGUCACCUGCGACCUGCCCCCUCUUCCUCUA